AUGCCCGCUCCCAAAGAAGCCGACGAGGCCAUUACAACGGCGUCUGAGCAUGGCGUGGGGAGCUCCAAGUCUGUUGGCUGGCUCCAUCGUCUCGGUGGUCGGAAUCAGAACCUCAACGAGGUCGGCAAGGAUUAUUUCCAGCAGUCGUUGCAGUAUGAUCCGGCGCAGCUGGAGAGAGACGCGGUCAAGGUUUGCAGGAAGUUGGACAUUUAUGUUUUGCCGAUGAUGAUGAUGACAUACAUGUUGAGCUUCCUCGAUAAGCAGACGCUGAACUAUUCCAACGCAUACGGCCUACAGGAAGACACGAAUAUGACCGGGGAUGAUUAUUCCUGGGUCUCAUCCGCCCUCUAUAUUGGCUGGCUUGUUGGGGCAUACCCGUGGCAGCUCCUGCUGCAACGCUUCCCUGUUGGAAGAUUGAUUGGAAUCAUGCUCUUUGUCUGGGGGGCUGUUUGUAUGCUACAGGCCGCCGUCUUUAACUUUGCCGGCUUCUUCGCCAUCCGCUUCUUCCUCGGUCUCCUCGAAGCCGUCGUCUCACCCGCAUUCAUCAUCUUAACGUCCAUGCUCUGGACGCGCGAAGAGCAAAGCCUUCGCAGCUCAUACUGGCUAUCUAUGAACGGCAUAGCGGCAAUCCUAGGAGCCCUGCUAGCAUACGGCGCAGGACACGCAGAAGGCCUGGCUGUUCCGCAGUGGAAGCUCAUCUACCUGGUAUGGUCCCCACCUCGAACACACAUGACUUCACUGCACGAGAACCAUCUUUCUGAUGACAAUGCCUGCACCCAGAUUGUCGGCUCCAUGACCAUAGCCUGGGGCUUCGUGAUAUAUGCCUACCUCCCCGACGGCCCACACAACGCCAAAAUGCUAACAGAGUACGAGCGUGUCGUCGCCGUCUGGCGGAUAUCCCACAAUCAGACGGGCCUCAAACAGCCGCAAAUCGUCCCAUCCCAGAUCAAAGAAGCCAUCUUAGACCCGCGCCAGUGGCUCCUCUACCUCAUGGCUAUCUGCUAUGGCAUCUUGAAUGGCGGCGUUGCCAACUUUCUCGCCGCAAUCAUCAAGGGAUUCGGGUACUCUCCUCUCCGCACGAGUCUCCUGCAGACGCCCGUGGGUGGGAUCCAGGUCGUCAUGGUUAUCGCGUUUGGGUACCUGAGCAAGGUACCGAAUAUGCUGGGAGCGACGAUUGUGCUCGCCUGUGUGCCGGGCCUGGCGGGACUGAUUGGCCUGAUCACGAUUCCACAUGAUGAUGCGCAUCGGUUCGCCCUUGUGGGAAUGUGCUGGCUACAGGGAAUUUUGGGCGCCCCGGUUGUGCUUAAUUGGACGCUGCCUGGACUGAAUACAGCAGGGCAUACGAAGAGGAGUACCGUGCUUGGGCUGUACUUUGUGAUCUACUGCGCCGGCAACAUAGCAGGCCCACACCUCUUCCUCGCCUCCGAAGUCCCGCGGUACCCGACAGCCAUCAAAGGAUUGGCUGGGUCUUACGGGGCUGCCAUGGGUCUGCAGAUUAUCUACACAGCGUACUGCUACUUUGAGAACCGACAGAAAGAGCGCGAGGGGCUGUUAGAUGGUGCCGACUCGGCUGAGGCAGCGAUGGAGAGCUUCGAGGAUUUGACGGAUAAGCAGAACAAGCAUUUUCGGUAUCGAGUUUAG